AUGAAUAGCGACAGUGAAGUGGAGGCGGAUAAGGAAAAUAUACAAAGCAACUUGACUCCAACAAAGAAAGCCACUAAAGCACAUAUUGCUUCAGAAAGUGAAGAUGAUACAUUUCCGAAAAAAUCUAGGUUGGUUGCUAAAGACAGUAGUGAUGAAGAUACGUCAUCUAAGAAUGAGGGUGUGCUAAAUGACAAAAGUAGUGAGGAUGAUAAAGUUGCCAGGAAAUCUAGAUUGAUUACCAAUGAAGACUCCAGUGAUGAUAACACAUCAAAGAAUGAGAGUGCCAGGAUAAGCAACAAGAGAAAUAAACUGCACAAUAAGUUUAAAGGGCUGCUCAAGUCUCGGUCUAAAGGGCCGGAGUCUCAGCAUAACAAGAAUAAAGCAGAAAUCUAUGCUUUAAAGUCUGGCAUUUGUGAUCCUGACACCUCAUCUGACGAAGAGAGCAGAGAAGUUCAGAAACAAAAGAAAAAGAAGCCAAGCCAAAAGUCAGCUAUCAUGAUAUCCCCUCAAGAAAAGCCUAAACCUGCCAGGAUGUCAGCCAAGCAAGCAAUGGAGAACAUGCAAAAGAUAAAGAGUGAGUCAAACAGAAUGCUAAGGGAAAAGGAAGUGUCCCUCCCAUACCACAGGCCUAAAGCAUUAUCCCUGAAAGACAUUAUGAAUAGAAGGAGGCCUGCCUUGUCCGCUGACGGCAAAGCUUUGCCAGUGAAGAUGAACAGUGAGCAGCUAAAGCAAUAUGUUAAAUUAUUGGAGCAACGAAAUAAAGAAAUGAUGGAACUAUGCAAGAGUGAAUCUGAAGAAGAGGAGACUAAUGAUACACCAACAGAAGAUAAUAAAGAAGCAGAUCCCCAAGAUAGUGCUCAUGGUGAUAAAGAUCUUAAAGAAGUUAAUGACGAAAACACUUUACCUGAAAAUAAAGAUAAGCCAGAGCAAAAUGUUGAAGAAAAGUCUGUGAAUGAAACAGAAGAAACUGAUGAUAAUGACCUACCUGAUUUGACAGUAGAAAUUGUUCAAAAAGAACCAGAUUUGUCAAAUGAUAAUAUUGUGGACAAAGAUUUGUCAAAUGAUCCUAUUGUUAAUAAAGAUUUGUCCAAUUCUGAUGAUGUUGAUAAAAAUAUACCAAAUACUGAUGUUGCUAAUAGUGAUGUGUUAAAUAAUGAUAGUGUUGAAAAAAUUGAUGAUGUUGAAAUGAAAGAUCUAUCUGAAGAAACCAUUACAGAGACUGAAUCUAAUACCAAGUUGGCAACUGCCAUUGAAAGCCAAUUGAUGGAGUUACGGUACGAAACUGAAAAAAUGCAGAAUACUGAAGACAUAGAUAAGGAACAAGAUUUGGAAAAAUCUUCGGCAAAUGCAAAUACUUCCAGUGAUGAUAAGGACAAAAGCAUUGACCAAGAAAUAAUUAGUAAAGAGGUGGACGAAAAUGUUAAAGAAACUUCACAUGACGCUGAUUUUGACGACGACUUUGAUGAUGCUGAUAUCAAUAUGGAAGACUUAGAGCGUAUUAUUGAUAACGCUAAAGAUGGCCCUACCGCAGUAGAUUCUCCGAUGCUUAUUAGAGAUCCAUAUAAUUUAAAUAAGAAACCAAAACUCACGGGUGCUCCGGGGAUGCUGAUUGAUUUAGAUGGCAGCAAUCCUGUAGUGCCUAGGAAACUUACUGGUGUAGAACUAUUAAAGGAGAGAUUUACAUAUUUUUCUAAAUUGAAAACUCCCGAAGAAAAGGAACGAGAACGAGAACUAACGAUUAAACCAGGUAUGCAACAUUCGAAAUUAAAACAAGAAUUGGAAGAGAAGAUAUCUGAACAGAGAUCCCUUGAAUGGGCAAAGAGGCUGGAAGAGGAAAAACAACAGCAUGACGAAAUGAAUGCUUUCAGAGGAGAUGACUCCGAUGUUGAUGAUUUAGAGAAGAUCGAGGCUAAAUUGGAAAGUAAAGAAGAUGUAAAAGAGUCAUCCGAUUCUGAAGAAGAGGAGGAGUUGGAAGAAAAUGAUUGUGAUAUGAAAGAUAAACCGAGGAAAAAGAAUGCUAUGAUUGACGACGAAGCUGAAGUUUCCGAUGACGAGGAAACGGGUGGAGUUGGUGAAGAAGGUAAUGUGGAAAAUACAGAGGACGCAGAUAAUGAAGAUGAUGAUGAAGAAAGUGAAGAAUCUAGUGAUGAAUCCUCCGAUGAUGAGGAUGAAAAUCAAUCGAAGCCAAAGAAAGGAAGAAUUUUAAAAGCUUUUGAAGAUUCUGACGACGAGGGCACUAAUAUUAAUAAAAAUCCUAUUGUUGCCGCUGAUAAUAAUGAAGUUAAUGUUCCUAAUGACAGUCAAACAACUAAAGAUUCUCAAGAUGAUGUAAUACCACUAGCCCAAACAAAUCAGUCUCUUUCAGAAGACUUAUUUGGUAGUCACACAAGCGGUAUUCCUAGUACAAAUGAAGAUACUAAGAAAAAAUCUGAUGAAGAAUGUACAGAUAUGACCACACAAACCUUCUCUAUUUUGAACACUCAUACACAAGAACUAAGUACCUCUGAAAGUGUAAUAGCUGUUCCUACUAAUAUUGAUGUUAUUUGUGAAACACAAGCUGUAGAUGAGCCAAGUUUAGACGACGUCGUUGGUAUGUGUUCUGGAAGAUUCACUCAGACGCAAAAUGUAAUACCUGCUGAAUCUCAACUUACUGAAUCGCAAUGCCCUAUCGGUGAAGAUAUACUUGCAAUGUGCACUGGCAAAUUCUAUGACAACCCAUUUGUGUCUCAAGCAGAUGAACUAGAAAAAGAUAAAACGAGUAAUACUGAAAAGGAAACUGUUAAAAAACAUGAAGAAAAAGAUCUCCUUGAUUCUAUACUACAAGAAAUGGAUGAGCCAGUAGAAGAUUCGAAUAAGAAGAAAAUAAUAUUUGAUAACGCUACUGAGAAUGAAGCAGUGUCUUUUGAUGCUGUUAAUCAUAUGAGAAAGAAGUUCACUAUUGACAGUGAUGAUGAAAGUAAUGUAGAUGCAGAAAAACCUAAGAAAAAUAAAUUGAAGAAACGGAAACUUGAGAAGCGGGCUCUUCAAAUAUCAGAUGAUGAAGAUGAAGAGGAAAUGCAGUCUGAAGAGGGUGAAGAAUAUAUGUCGGAAAUUGAAGAAGAUAAUGGAGAGGAUAGAGUAGUUGAAUACGAUUCUGAAGAAAAUGAGGUAGAAGUGAAGCCUCAGAAACAAAAGAAGAAUCGCAAAAUGGCGGAAUUCUUCGAGAACGAAGCGGAACUAACGUCUGAAGAUGAAUGGGUGGGAUCAGGGGACGAGGACGAGCGAGGUCUGGAUAGGAUGGAGCGGGAGGAAGGAGACGACGAUACUUUCCACCAGGGGCAGCUUCAGAGAGAGCUCGGGCAGAUACACAUGCGUGAUGUUUUGGACCAGGACAAACGCGAAGUGCGCCUGAUUCAGGAACUGCUGUUCGAAGACGGGGACCUGGGCGACGGUGGGCGGCAGCGGAAGUUCCGGUGGAAGAAUCUAGAUGGCGAGGACGAGCCUGGUACAGUGCCUGAGUUGUUCGCUGAAAGUCAAGAAGAGGAAUUCGAGUCUGAAGAGCAGUGGCGGAAGCAGAGGCACGAACGAGAAGUCUUCCUUAGGAACUUGAAAGAGAAACAAACAGAAGAUAACAACGUCAGCAUAGACCGUGGCACCAUAAUCAAGGCCAACCUCUGUUCACGGACCAUGUCCAGUCUUCUCAUGGAAGCAAACGGGACCAGCACGAAGGUGGAAGAAACUGUGGUGGUGGAAAAGAAGGUUGUGAGAGAAGAACCGACUAAGAACUUGCCUUUACCAGUGUUCCAGCAAAACUACCACGGCUCGCUACUGACACGAGGCCGCGGCGCGCUAGCUCGGCUGGCGGCGCUAGCCAUGCCCCUCGCCGGGGAGGCCGACGACCAGCCCAAGCCCACCGGCCCCAGCAGCAAGAGGAACUUCGUGUUCGCCGCCGUCACGCCACCGGCUAAGGAGGCUAAGGCUCCAAAGCGUAAAGCUGACAACGUCAACGUCGGAACACCGAGGCUAAUAAAGAAAUUCAAGACUGACGAAAAGAAAUUCCCUAAAGACAAGUUGUUCCCGUACGCCGAGGAGCACGUCCAGAAGUUCCUAGAGACAGAAUGGGAGAAGGAAGACGUCAAGGAGGCAGUAGCGGCUCUGAGGAAGCUGGCUCUUGAAGACCAGGAGAACAAAGUUGAAGGGGCUGUCGCUAUUCCUGGAGAGGAUGCAUCAAAGGAGGAUCAGAUCGGCGGUCUCGUCGGCAACGUGAAAUGGCAGAUGUCUGCGGACCGCAAGGCUGGCCCUCUGAAACAGCUGCAGGGGCUCAUCUGGAAGCAGGGCUACGACAACGGAGAUAUCAAGGGGCACGUGUACGACGACGUAGCAGCCGCCCUCGACCAAUGGCGCUCCACCGAAGGCCAGAAAGUCUACAUCUACUCCUCCGGCUCCGUGCAAGCUCAGAAGCUUCUCUUCGGCCAGUCCCUCGCCGGAGACCUGCUGCCUCGCAUCGAUGGCCACUUUGACACCGCUGUAGGACAUAAACAGGAGGCAACUAGCUAUACAGCUAUUGCGGAAAUUGGAGUCAAGCCAGAGGAGAUCUUGUUCCUUACUGACAUUAUUGAAGAGGCUACGGCGGCGCGCUCGGCCGGGCUGCAGGCGGCGCUGGUGGCGCGCGCCGGCACCGCGGCGCUGCCGGCCGCGCACACGUUCGCCGUGCUGCACUCGCUGGCGCAGCUCGCCAGCAACAAGCGCAAGCCGCCGCAGGAGGACGACGAGGAAAUGCCCGCCAAAGUACCCAAGACUGACGCCGAGAAAGACGUGAAGGAGACUGCCGAAGCCGCCACCGCGGCCGCACCCGAGACUGAGGAGAAGAUGGACGUCGCAGCCGAGGAGCCCGUCAAGGUCGUCACCACCAUCGAGGAGAUCACCGACUCCAACGAGGCCGCCGACGCGCCCAUGCUCGACGUCGAGCCUGUGGUGGAGGAGAAGACUGAAGACAAACAGACUGAUACCGAACCCGCCAAGCCUGAGACUGAAGAUGCUAAACCAAAGGAUGUUGAAAUGGAGAACGGCAAACCCGCACCCGUCGCUGAGGAGACCCCACCAGUCUCUACACCGGUCAUUGAGGAGGUCACUCUCGAGAAGGACGUGCUCGCUGAGGUAGUAGACGACCUAGUCCCCGUUGUCGAGGAACCACCGGCGACCGAGGACAUGGAGGUACUCCAGAACGUCGGCGAAGUUCUCGACAAGGAGUGCGGCGACAUCCUCUCCAAAGUACAGGACGUCACAAACUUGGACAGCAUCCCCGUGAAACCCCUCCUAAACCCUAUCGCCGAGGAAACCAUGGAGACUGAGAAUACGGACUCGAACGAUAUUGUCGACAGAAUAUUGGACACCGAGUUGGAGCUGGAGAUGAAACAGAACGAAAUUUUGAGUUCGGCGGCUGGUGAAACGGAGAGUAAGACGGAAAAUGGCGUCAGCGAGGAAGUCAAACAGGCUAACGGAGUAGACGAUAAAACGGACAAAAUUGUAGAAUCGGAAAAGAAGGAGGAGAGCAGUUCGGUGGAAGUCGCGACAGAAGUGAAACCCGACGUCAGAUGCGCAGAGACACAGGUAGAGCGGAAAGAGACCGUCGAGACCGGAUCCGCGACGGACAGCAAAGAUACAGAGGAGGUAAAGGCGACCGAAACGGAGGUGACGCCCGAGAAAGUAGAGGAGCCUAAAGUAGAGGAAAACAAAACGGAACCCGAACCCGUCGAAGAGAGUAAGCCGGUGGAGGAAAAACCCGUCGAGAGCACGCCCGCCGAACCCCAGCCCGCCGACAGCACGCCCGCCGAACCGGAAACCGAAACGAGCAAACCGACCGAAACCGGCGAACCGCAAGUCAACGGCAAGGCGACCAACGGGGACGCGCCUAAGAUGAACGGAGACUCCGAAGAGUCAAGGCUUCCCGUCGUCAACGGGAAAGCGACAGAGAACGGGGAAAAUGGGGCCAGCGGGGAUAACGGGGACUCCACGGACGCCGCGCGGGGCGACAGCCAGCCCGACGACGCCGACAUCAAGCUCAAGCCCGUGCCGCAGGAGCCCGCCGCCGUCGAGCAGCCUACGGAAGCAUAAAGCGAGCACGAGUACGGGAGAGCGGAUUCGCAGGGCUUCGUAAGUGUAUGGUCCACAUCGGAAUGACAAGACUGAGGUUGCUUCCACGCUGAACGGCAUCACUUCCUAGUUUGUACGUGUAUUAAAUUUUACUGUGUACUACGCGGCGGCCGCCCGUGCCCGUAUCCGCCAGCACACAAUCGUUUUAUGCGUUUUUUAAAGCGACUUGACGUUAUAGAAGUUCAAUGUGGCAAAUUUGGUCGAUGACUCGUCCACGAGCAAAUCUUUCUUUUAUUUUAUUAACCGUGUAAAAAAAUAAAGCUUUGAUGGCCGAUACUAAAAGCCUAUACUAGAAUAUUGCUUUGUCAAUGAAAUUAUAAAUGGACGGAGUAGUUGAGUAAUUGGCCGCAUUGACCUUAUAUGAAAAUGCCAUGAUUUAUAAAACAAAUACUGAACACUCAAAUGUGCUUAACAUUUCCAUUUUGACUGAAUCUCAUUAGAAUUUACCAUAUACACCGCACAUGUGUCCCUCUGGAGGUGCCAAAUACAUCCUCAAUCGACAUUUAGUUGAGCAUGUUUGAGUGUAUGGUUCGCUUGCACAUUCCCUCAUACGCUAUGUCUAUUGUGAUGCGUUGAACCCGGGCAGUAGGCACGGGCGGCCUCCGUAUCUCGUGACUAAGGUAACUAUUCAUAAGUAUUAAUUAACUGUAUUGUGAUUCUUAAGUCAUACGUAUUAAAUUUCCUAAAUUUCAUCCAUUGCCAAACUAAUUGUAUGGUUUCAUUUGAAGUUGGAUUAUAAAAUUGUGCUGUGAUAGGACAUGGAGUGGUGCUCGUGAUUCGGAGGCUGUGCUAGUGAGGUACGUGGUAUACAGGGAUGGAGUGUUGGUUUUUGUUUCCUACUUGUUUUAAGCUCGAACGCACACUUCGUGAUUAUUUUAAUGUUUUAUUUCAACGACUUUCUGCCAUGGUGCAUAUUUUAUUAUUUAAAAUUUUGAAUUGAUUGUUAAUGUAAAUGUAAGUUUUUUAUGAUUUAUCUAGCUUUAAAUUGAAUUCUUUAGCUUUAAGACUGUCGUCUUGUUAGGACGCGUGAACAAUUUUAUGAACCAACUUAAAAUGAAAAACGAUCCUUUUGGUCUAGCUAGACUGAUUUUUUAAUAAUUUAAUUAAGUUUAUAAUACCAUUUAGCCAUUCUGGGUCAGACGAGGUCUAUAGCCUAUGCGAGGGGGCGAGCCCUUUAAAAAAGUCUAAUGUAGAGUGUCGUCUUGUCUGUGGUACUAAAAGGGGGAAGAAUUAAAAAAGUAGUCUAUAACAAUUUUUUUUUCAAUUGUUCUCAUUUUUUUCUACCACAUAUAUUCUAGCCAAGACUGCAUUUUUCCUAAAAGAC